ACUAUAACGUUAAAUGUAUAAGUUUAGAUUGUACUAUAACGUUAAAAAUUAAAAUUGUAUCGUCACAUAAAUGUACAAGUUCAUGCACUUCAUAUUGUACCAUAAAAUAGUAUAGGUACAAUAUGAAGUUGUCACAUAACAUUAAAGGUAAAAUUUCAAGUUGUACCAUAAAGACAAAACCCUAUACCACCAAUGCUAUAUAAAAUUAUAAAAUUCUUCUAUAUUAAAUAAAAAAAUGUCAAUUUAGAAAUUAGUUUAUCUAAAAUUAAAAAGCAAUAUUCUUGAAGUAAUGUGCAGACAUCCAGACACCUUCCGGCCAUUGGCCGGGCUAAAAUGCUAGUAGAUAUAAUGCGAGAGUGGGAGGCGGAGAGAAGUAUAGUGAUGGGCCGAUGACAAUGGGGUGGGGCGGUUACCUCAAUUUUCAUGCUUUGUCUCACUCACGCUAUUAUGGGUCGUGGCAGGUAAAAUUUGUGUGGGGUACUGGAGUGGGCGGGUCGGUCCACUUUUGCAUGUUACACGCAAAUUUUAUUUUUUACGAUAAAACAAAGGGAAAACACUUUAUGAAAGAAAAAUAUUGAAAAUAGAAUGAGUAGUUGAGUCUAACAAGUUGAAAUAUUGACUCCAACUAGUUGAAUAAAAGUCGAAAUAAGAGAAAUAUGAAUAGAUAACAUAAAGAAAUCGAAAUAAAAUGAGUUUAGAACGGUGCAGGGCGGGUCAGAAGUAGAUACCCAUACUUUGCUCUGCGAUGUUGCGGUUCGGGUAAUACUCGUUCCAUCGCGGAUUCAGUAGGGUAAUACCUACGGGGAACGGGUUCAAAUUGUCAUCACUAGCGAAGUCUCAUCAGGCAACGAUAUUGUCGAACGACCAGCAAGCAAUUCGAUGGGUGAGGUUAUGACUUGUGAGCAUUGCAGCAAAAUUGACACCCUUUUGUCCAUUAACACCGCGAUGAUGAAAUUGGUUGUGUUGUGAUUUGUGACCUAUGGGUUAUGGCUCAUCUUCGUGUGAAGACAUAAUCACGUGCAUGAAUUGACUCCACUAUCGAGAAUUUCGAUAAUGGUUUCCCGUUGGAGCUGUGUAGUUUGGUAGUUCCCGUCUAAGUCGAGAUUCCCCAAAUCCAUAGUAGUACUGUACAGUCCUCUCUCACCGGCGGAGAACGACGACAAAUGGGGCUUGUGGUUUGGUACUCUGUCACAAAAAUGAUGCAAAAUUGGUUAACAAAUAUGUGAGUGCUGCUUUCUCAUAUUGACUUGUAGUUACCGUUUUCAAUCGGUUGGGGGGUACAAGAAGGUUAGACGAGAAGCCGAUACUAUCGAUGCUUGAGAGUGUUGUCGUCGUAAACUCUCAUUUACAUCUUAAAAUUAUUGAAGUGGAUAUAUUAAGACGAUCGUUUACAAAAUUUGUAAUCGAGUUCAACGAAUUCGCCGACGUGAUUAUAAGGUAACGAUUAAGCAUGCCCGAUCGAAUGGAAGAAUCAGAUGCGUGUGAUCAUGUCAUCACUUUUUUUAGUCCGUUGUGAUUUGUGAAUGAGAGUCAAGGUUGUCAUAACCGAACCGGAGCAUGACCCGGUAAUGCGGACGGCUCGCACUUUAGUGGUCCAACCGACAUUAGACCGUUUAAAAAUCGGUACUUAAUAAACGUUAUCAGUAUAAAUAGUGGACAUUUAUUAAUCAGAGCUCAUCUCUUUCCUUCGAAAUUGUGAAAUGGAAAUAAGGAUUCAGUUUGAGAGCCCUACGUUUUUUUUGUUUAUUUCAAUUUUCAAUUUUAUGCAAUUUUUUUAAUUAAAUUUAGUGGUUGAAUGGCAAAAACCGGACCAGCGCCUCAAUCGGCUCGGACGGUUAACCGUCUCGACCGCUCGCCAACCGCUACAUAAAACCGGAGCGGCUUUUAGACUGUUUCGAGCCGGUUUUAUGACCGGGUGGCGGUUUUACCGGUCGGGCCGAACGGCUCGGCUCGGCUUUAAUAACCCUAGAAAAAAGCAAAACCGAGUGAAAAUAAAGGAGAGGAGGCAAAAAUGUAGAGGAAAGCAGAAAAGGAGAUCGAAACCCCAUGCAAAAAGCCUCACGUUCAGUUGACUCCCCAUCCCCAAUAAAGCAAUACACCUAGGGAUGACUAUUGACAGUUGACCCAAAAUUUGGGUAUCCAAUCUCACACCCAACCUGGUUAAAAUCGGUAACAUUCAGUAUUGAUGAUAUUUAGGUUGAGUCGGGUUCGACCCACUUUAAAAUUGGCGGAUUAAAUUGAGUUUGAGUUUUGUCGAAAUUCAACCUGUUUUUCUAUCGUAUCAGCAUCCCAAACACCAUAACAACGUCAUAAUGUAUCUAACACAACACGGAAAAUAUGGAUAAUUUAUGGAUGUUAUUACUUAUUAGUAUGUAUGAUAGUAUAAACCUAAUAAUAUGAAUUUAUUUAUGAAUGUUACUAGUAUCAUAGUCAUAAAUAUAUAUUUGUAAUAAAAUUUUGCCAAUAUUACAAUGUGAGUGUUUGGAGAAACAAUGUAUAGUUAUGUUCAUAAGGGCGAAGCCAUGAAAACACAUAAAUCCGUGGCCAUGAGUACCAAUUGAGUUUGCGUUUGGAUUUGCUAUUCUGAAACCCAAUACAUAUUUAACAUGUUAUAGUUAUGUUAUUACCAUCCCUAUUUAAACCACAUAAAACUCAUUAAAUAAAAUAUUUAAUAAGUUCUCCAAUUUUCUUGACAAAAUAUAUUAAAAAAUGAAACGAAAUAAAAGCAACAAACAUUAAAGAACCUACAAAUAUUAAUUGUUUAUGUAAAAACAGAGAAAAAUCCAUUUCUUUCUCUCCUUCCAUGAUCCUUCCCCGCACUAUCAGAUUUUACUCAUUACUCCCUCCACACCCAUUUGUCUCCCUCUCCAUCUCUCUCUCUAUCUGCAAAGACAUCAAAACCCUAAAAACCAAAACAAACCCAGUAGAGCUCGCUCGAUCUCCCCCCGACCCAUUUCGCCGAUCGGGGACCCGAUUCGAACCCACUCGCCGGGAACUCCGAAGAAUCGGAUAUGGGAAGCGGCGGGGAAGAGUGACGACUAGAGAGGAGAAGAUUCGUGCUGAGUAGGCAAGGGGAAGAAAUGUACAAGAACCAGCUUCAGGAGCUGGCGCAGCGGAGCUGCUUCAACCUCCCUUCCUAUACUAGCAUUAGGGAAGGUCCCGACCACGCGCCGCGCUUCAAGGCCACCGUCAACUUCAACGGCGAGAUCUUCGAAAGCCCCUCUUACUGCUCCACGCUCCGCCAGGCCGAGCACUCCGCCGCCGAGGUCGCGCUCGGAUCCCUCUCCCACCGCGGGCCUUCUCACUCUCUCGCCGCCCGCAUUCUGGAUGAAACGGGGGUGUACAAGAAUCUCUUGCAGGAGAUCGCUCAGAGAGUCAGUGCUCCAUUGCCACAGUACACAACAUAUAGGUCCGGUCUUGGUCACCAACCUGUUUUUACGGGGAUAGUAGAAUUGGCUGGAAUUAGUUUCACAGGAGAUCCAGCCAAGAACAAAAAACAAGCGGAGAAAAAUGCUGCAAUGGCAGCUUGGUCAUCCCUUAAACAAUUGGCUAAGGAAGAGUCCAGUUCAGCAUCCGAACCAGAGGGCAGCGAUGAGCUGGAGCAGAUAACGAUAGCACGUGCCUUGCAGAACUAUCGUAUGAAGGAAAUGAUGACAAUAGCAAACAAUUCCUCUUCUAAAGUCCCAAUUCCAUUUCAAAAGAAGUUUGCACCUCAAAGCCCAAGGCCGACCAGUCCUCAACCUGCUCCUGCAACAACAUCGAGAAUCCUACCCCUCAUUUAUCCCAAGACAAGUAGGAAUAGGUCUAUGAUGGUAACCACAUCAAAUGAGAGACAUUCUCAGCACUGUAGAUCCACUUCAACAACGACAAGUGACAGAUUUGCCCCUCCAAGACCUACCUCAACAAAUGAUAGUCAUCUACUAGCGCUCAGACAGCCACCAAAUGUCCUGGAUCUUUGGAGUCAUCAGAAGCUCCAUGCAGCAGCAGCAACAGGAGCCAAUAGACCGUAUAUCCCUAUGCAGCAGCCAUAUGCUGUUCAACCCGUGACCAUAAGGCAUGCAGUACCAUGUUAUGCUGCUCCUCCCCCACGUCACCAGCAGCCUUCAAUGGUUCCCACUCAUCAGGCGGUUCAUGCACCACCCAUGGGAAGGAACGUCAUCCCUGUUACCAUAAGGCAGGCCGUGCCGGUGUUUGCUGCUGCUCCUUCCCCUGCAGCAGUUAAGAAAGAACUUACUCCGAGUGUGCCGGUUGAGCCUAAAUCAGUUCCUGUUGAAUCUAAGAAAGAUUGUUCUGAAGAAGUUAAGAAAGAGUCUUGUGUCGAAGUCAAGAAAGAGGAGGAUAAGGUUCCCCCUACUGCCUCUAUCCCAGCCCAUCCUAGCAUAGUAGCUGAUAGUAUGAAAGAAACAGAGAAGAAGACUGCAGGAAGCAAUGCUGAAGUCACGGAAGAGUCGAGGACAGGUCAAAGCUUGGAUGGACUGAAGAAUCUGAGUAUUUGGUAGUAUGAAAGAAACAGAGAAGAAGAAGACUGCAGGAGGCAAUGAGGAAGAUGUCACGGAUGAGUCAAGGACAGGUCAAAGCUUGGACGGACGGAAGAAUUCGAGUACUUGAACGGGAAGCAGGAUGAUCAAAAGGAGACACAAACCAGACCUUUCUCUAGUUUUGCCAGUUACUUGUCAAAUGAUCUUCUCUUGAGGAAUGUUGUAUGAGUGUUGUUAUGUUAUGUACCCAUUUUGUUGUGGUAGUAGUAUAUGUAUAAGCUCUUAGAGCUGUUGCCAGGUUUCAUGUUAGGUCCCAGUAGUAGUCUCAGAAAAUGUCAUCAAUACAUACAUAUAUAUCUCUGCAAUUUCAGGUGCUGUAUCUGUAAAAUUUCUCCUACCCAUUCCUUUAAUCUGUUGGUGUUGUGAAAUGCAGUUAGAGUUCCUUAUCAGGAAGCUUAUUAGGAAUGGUGCUUUAAUCUGUCAAGCUGGCCUGCUUUCAUAUUCCUAACUCGCGUCCUUGUCUUAUUGUUGCAGCAUUGAAUAUCGAUUUAAGAUUUGUUGCAGGAGAUGGUCAAAUUUGGAGUUCCCAAUGGGGUUUAUGGAAAAUGACAGCUAUCUGAAAUGGGAAAACGAAACUUGAAAGCUCCACAUUUUUGGACCCAGUAUUCAUUAGAAACCAUAUUUUUCGGUUUGGGACUUGGGAGGAUGUUGAACGGAACUUCCAAUAGCUAAAUGAGGCUGAGACUUGGUCCCAUUCAAGCCAUUAAUUCAAUUUAUCCUCUCCUAAAUCAAACAGAAUACAAUUAGACUCUGUUUGACGCCAGCGGCCAGCCACACAGUAACAUUGUUUGACAGUAAGAGCUCUGCGAAUCAUUCUCUAAUAUGAUACCUCUGAUUUUUGCGUAUUAAUUUUCUUAUCUCGUCAUUGUUAAUAGUUGACCGUUAGAUGGAAUCCAUAUUAUUAGUCGAAUAGUAUAAAAUGAAUCGGUGUAGUGGUUACGGUGACCCAAAGGAACUGUUAUUGAGGAUCGAAUCGUUGCUUGCUUUCUCUUUCCGUUGAAAUUGAACUUAGUAAUGGUAACUGCAAAAUCAAUCAAUUAAAGUUGGGUUGGCUGGCAACAACUGGAUUUGUUUGCUUUAAGUUAAUUUGGUUCCAGAUUAUGAGCGAUUUGAUAGCGUUGGCUUCUCUCGAUUUCAUCGGCUUAAUAGUGUCACCAUUAUCACAACCCAAAAAAAAAAGUCAAUUUCACAAUAUGCAACGUGACAUCGCAUUGACAUCACUGCCCCAUUGCUUAUCUCGUAACUUAUGGUUUUGCUGGCAUGGGCAAAAGCUGAUAAAGUAGUUAUGACUUAUGAGGGUUGACACACUAUGUUCUAAGGUUCUAUAUUAAUUAUUCAAUAAUUUCCUUACGAGUACAUAUCGCUUAUUUCCAUAAAUUUAUUAGAUAUUCAUAAGUUGGAAUAAUCUCGAAAAUGUGUAUAAAAUUCUCAUAUGAGUAUAAGCCUUAGCUAUGGUUAAGGAAGAAAGUCUGAUACUUCCAUUUGAAAUUGUUUACGAAAUUGGUCAAAACUGAGAUGUACGUAGUUACUUACAAUAAAUCAGAUUAGGACCG